AUGCUGUUCGACAAGACUCGGAAUCAUCUGAAUAGUCUCGAAUCAUCGGCGCCCGGCCGCAAUCAUGGGAAGCCUCUUGCCUGCAUCAUUUUUUUCUUCGCGUCCCAAAUGUCCUGUAACCUGCAACGACCGGCCACAUCGUCAGAUGCGACGGACGGGGCAGCCAUGCAGCAACCUCGGAUUCAUCGGCUGGACGUCCUCCUGGCACAAGUAGGGGAACAUGCACAUCGCAGCCCUUACGUUACACGCUUUGAACCAAUCCCGGUUGAGAUGGCACCUCCUGGGAGACCCGCGGGGACAUCUCGUGCCGAGAUGCAUGACACUCUGCUGCUGGCCAGCUUCAAGGACAAAGCCGCUUGGCAGAAAUGGAUUGUAACUCCGGCGUGGCAACAGUUUAUGGCGAGCACAGAGAACGAAGCGGUCUUCCGGCGUAUCCCACAUGUUCGAUGUGCUCACAGCCUCAAGGGAUUGAGAAAUGCACUGGAGAUCCUGAUGGCUUGA